AGCAGCCAGAGGAUCAUCAUCCCAUUUUUCUCCCGCUUCUGCAGUGUUGUUUUUCCCAGGGGACACCCUGAAUUCGUAAUUCACUGCUGGUACAACUUGCCCUGUGAUUGUGGCCCCUUUCCCUGCCCUCGCUGGGUUGAGAUGGGAGGUCAAGGCACCCAGUGUUCCCUGGAAGGGCAGGAGUGACGUGCAGGCUGCUUUCCCCUGGUGGCAUCCCCAGAAAAACUGGGGCAGGAUGCCAGCUGGGCUGGGAUCACUUUUGCAGAGGAGGUCACGGCGCUGUCCCCUGAGCUGCGUCUCGGGCACGAGCCCCUCUGCCGCCAUGGUGGGUCUGAAGCCCCCCGAGGUGCCCCCGACGGCCGCCAUGAAGUUCGUCAGCGCGGGGAUGGCCGGCUGCAUCGCUGACCUGUGCACCUUUCCUCUGGACACCGCCAAGGUGCGGCUGCAGAUCCAGGGCGAGGUGAGGGUCCCCCGGACCAUCGGCUCCGUGGAGUACCGGGGCGUCGUGGGGACGCUGAGCACCAUGGUGAGGACGGAGGGCGCCCGCAGCCUCUACAGAGGGCUGGCAGCCGGGCUGCAGCGCCAGAUGAGCUUCGCCUCCAUCCGCAUCGGGCUGUACGACUCCGUGAAGCAGCUCUACACCCCCAAGGGUGCUGAGAACACAGGCAUGAGCACGCGGCUCCUGGCUGGCUGCACCACGGGGGCUGUGGCCGUGGCCUGCGCCCAGCCCACGGACGUGGUCAAGGUGCGGUUCCAGGCCAGGGCCCUGUCGGACGGUGCCCGCCGCUACAGCAGCACCGUGGAUGCCUACCGCACCAUCGCCAGGGAGGAGGGCAUCCGCGGGCUCUGGAGAGGGACGAUGCCCAACAUUGCCCGCAAUGCCAUCAUCAACUGCGGGGAGCUCGUCACCUACGACCUCCUCAAGGACGUGCUGCUGCGGACACAGCUCAUGACAGACAACGUCCCGUGCCACUUCGUGGCCGCCUUUGGCGCCGGGUUCUGCGCCACAGUGGUGGCGUCCCCGGUGGACGUGGUGAAGACGCGGUACAUGAACGCCAGCCCCGGGCAGUACUGCAGCGCCCUGAGCUGCCUCCUGGCCCUGCUCACGCAGGACGGCCCCGCCGGCCUCUACAAGGGCUUCGUCCCGUCCUUCCUGCGGCUGGGCUCCUGGAACGUGGUGAUGUUUGUGUCCUACGAGCAGCUGCAGCGCGCCAUGGCGCUGGCACGGCCGGGCCUGGCCUGAGCCCCUCGGCACAGCACCCAGCAGAGUAAUUCAGCAAUUAUAUUAAUUGCCAAAGCGCCGGGGAGCCGCGGAGCCACACGCUCGGGGAGGGACCGGAGAGACGGGAGACGAGAUGCUGUUUGAGGAGAAACGUGGGAGAACGGAGGUUUUCAGAGAAGAGUUUUAAGGGAUGAAGAAAAAAUUGUUUGUUGGCUUUCCAGCUAGGAAGAACAGCACUUCCCGAGGGCAGUGGUGUGGGCAGAUGGGACCAAGCUGAGGGCCAGGGAAUUCCCGUUAUUCUUUACUGGCGCUUACAAUAAACUGCCCCUAUGGGGUCUGAUCACGGCGUGGUUCAGGGUUUCUUUA